AUGAAAAUGGGAAAUUCAGUAUGGUUUGUUCAGUUUCUAUGCUUGUAUCUAUUUUACUUCACUAAUUCACAAUCUUUAAAUUCAAACUCGUCGUCUUCCUCGCCACCACUGUGCCGCCAUGAUCAAAGCCUUGCGUUGCUCCAAUUCAGAAGAUCCUUGUCUAUUCUAAAUUCUCCUACAAAUACAGAUAUAAAAUCGUGGAAAGAAGGAACAGAUUGUUGCUCGUGGGAUGGAAUCACCUGCAACACGAGAACAGGUAAUGUAGUUGGUCUUCGUCUUUACGGAAGCUCAUUGUAUGGUACUAUACAUUCUGAUAGUAGUCUUUUCUUGCUUCGUCAUCUCCAACAACUCGAUCUCUCUUGGAAUGACUUUAACAAGUCACACAUUUCACCUCAGUUCGGCAAAUUCUUCGAUUUAACGGAGCUUCGCCUUUCUUUUUCAAAUUUCGCCGGCCAAAUCCCGCCUGAAAUCUCUCAGCUUUCCAGUUUAGUUUCACUUGAUCUAUAUGGAAAUGAUCUGUCAAUAGAAUCUACAAGUUUUAGUGAAGUCUUUCAAAACCUAACCAAGCUACAAGACUUGGACCUCAGCUUUACUGAUUUGUCUUUGGUUAGUUCUAGUUCCUUGAUGAAUUUAUCUUCUUCUUUGUCGAAUCUUAAUCUCCGGUUUUGCAAUUUGCACGGGAACUUCCCAGAUAUUUCUCAUUUAUCUGCACUGCAAUCACUUGAUGUCUCUUUAAAUUUGAAUCUAACCAUGGAAGAAAUGAUUUUCAAUAAACUUGCUCGCAACCUAACCAAACUAACAUAUGUUGACUUGAGCCGCGUCGACAUGUCUUUGGUUGCAUCUAGUUCGUUCGCCAAUCUGUCUUCUUCUUUGUCAUCGCUCUCACUCAGCCACUGUAAAUUGCAAGGUAACAUACUUUUGCAUUUCAUCCAUUUGUCUCGAUUACUUUUACUUAAUCUGUCCUGGAAUUCAAAUCUACCAUUAGAACCCUCUACUUUUGAGAAGCUUGCAAGAAACCUCACCGAGUUGACCGAGUUAGAUUUGAGCUACACUAACAUGUCCUUGAUUGCGCCUAGUUAUCUCUUGAACCUGUCUUCGUCUGUGUCAACUUUCAAACUCGCAUCCUGUGAAUUGAGAGGGAAAUUCCCAGAUAACAUACUUCAAUUACAAAACCUUCAAUGGCUUGACUUAUGGGGUAAUCAAGAACUCACUGGUUCAUUACCUCGACGAAAUUGGGGCGGUUCGCUAAUAUUGUUAUCUCUCUCUAGAACAAGAUUUCCUAUAUAUUUAGAACAUGACGUUUUCAACAACCUAACGUCUUUAUCAAUUCUAGAACUAAGUGCCUGCAAAUUUGUUGGGUCAUUGCCGGAUGUUGCAUUAUUGGGUCAGAUCUUGCAACUAACCAGGUUGGAUCUCUCACAUAAUGAUUUCCGUGGUCCGAUUCCAUCUGUUAUCGGAAACCUUGAGCAACUAUCCGAAUUAGACCUGUCAUAUAACAGUUUCAGUGGUCGAGUUCCUUCCUCGCUAUUUAUGCUACCAAAUCUGAGCUACUUGGUCCUUAGUAAUAACCUACUCACAGGUCAUAUAGGUGAAUUCAACAGCACUUCAGUGUAUUACAUUGAUCUGAGCAACAACAGAAUGAAUGGAUCACUUCCGAGUUCAUUCUAUCAACUCGCAAAUUUGAAUGUUUUCAUCGUUUCAUCGAACAAAGAGUUGACAGGACAAGUUUCAUUGGCAAUUUGCAACCUAAAAUCUCUCCAAAUACUCGACUUGUCGAAUAACAAUUUCAGUGGACUCAUUCCAGAAUGUUUGGGAAACAGCCUCUCUGUAUUGCAUUUGAGCAACAACAAUUUCCAAGGAGCUAUCAAAUUUUCAAACUGCAGUAACUUGAGAUAUUUGAACUUCAACAGGAAUCUAUUAAAGGGACGAAUCUCGCAGUCUAUCACCAACUGUAAUAACUUGGAAAUCUUAGACCUCGGAAACAAUGAAAUAGAUGAUACAUUUCCAUAUUUCUUGGGGUCUCUUCUAGCGCUACAAAUACUUGUGUUGAAAUCCAACAAACUCCAUGGUUCAGUAAUUACAAGUUCAAACGCCACUUCUUCAUUUCGGAACGUACGUAUUUUUGACCUUUCCAACAACAUGUUUAGCGGACCAUUGCCUGAAGAUUUUUUUGCUAAUUUUAAAGCAAUCAUGGUUUUUGAGAAGAAUACGGAAUACAUGAGAGCACCUGAUUACUCUUAUGAUUAUUAUGUGAAGCUAACCAUCAAAGGACUAGAGAUUGAGCUGGUGAAAAUCCAAACACUUCUCACCACUAUUGAUUUGUCAUCUAAUAAAUUUGAAGGAAAAAUUCCACAGUCAAUCGACAUGCUUAUAUCACUCAAGCAGCUCAACCUCUCUCACAAUGGCUUCACAGGCAACAUUCAGCCAUCGCUUCGAAAGCUGGUCAAUUUGGAAUCUUUAGACCUGAGUUCCAAUCUUUUUACAGGAAGGAUUCCUACUGAAUUGACAGAUUUAAUAUUUCUUCAAGUAUUUCGAGUCUCCUAUAACCAACUUGAAGGACCCAUACCUCAUGGGAAGCAGUUCAACACAUUCGAUAAGAGCUCAUAUGAAGGAAACUCGAGAUUAUGUGGAUUUCCUCUGGAAAAAGAAUGUGAAAUUAAUGGUAAUGGUAGACCUCAGCCAUCGAACGAAGAUGACUCGGGGAGUGAAGAAAAUAAUGGAGAUGGAUGGAAACCUGUUUUAAGUGGGUAUGGAUGUGGAUUGGUAUUUGGUAUUGCAACGGGAUGCAUAGUGUUCAAAACAAGAAAACGUUCAUGGUUUGUCAAGAUGAUCGAAGCUGAAGGGUAUCUGUUGAGAAACAAAUUCGACAAGCACAACGGUCAAUCAUAUAGAAGAAGAAGAAGAAGAAGAAGUAGAAUUGUCUCUGCUAGCUAACUGAUCAUAUAGAUUCCUUUUCAUUUUUGCUAGAUUUAUAUGCAAAUAUAAUUUAUUUUUUUCCUUCAAAUGAUUCUCAAGAGUAGAAGCAACAUUACUGAGUAGUUCGGUUCUGUCAUCUAUAUUAAAUUGUAGCCUGAACUCGGCAGCACAAGAGUCUAGAUCGCUGGUUCUCAUGCUACA